CUCGGCUGCAACCUUGUUGUGCCCGAACAGAGUCCCCAUCAUCCGCCCCAUCUAGCCACCACCCCUCUUCCGACUGAGUCACCACCUCGUCGCUCAGUCCCGUCGUGUACUAGGACAUGCAACAAAGAGAGACCACUAGAUAUGGUGUCUCCAACUCCUCUCUUCUUCGUGAGCGCCGCCGAUACUCACCUAACUUUGCUUCCCGCCGUCGAUACCAACCUCCCCACCACCGCCUCGACUGCUGGGAACUUCAGCUUCGCUGCUUGUGGGUUCAUGGGUUUUAAGCAAUUCCCACCUCUAUUGAAUAAAGGCAUAACCCCUUUCAAAGACGACAACUACUUAACGAAUGAGUAUCUGGAGGCGGCAAUCGAAGUGCCAGGAAUGAAGAACAUCUGACUCAUGGAUCUGCCAAGCUUCUUUCACUACGGAUCCCCAAGAGCCGAUUUUCCACUGCCUAAUGGAAUGCGCCGAAUCAGCUGGUAGAGCUUCCGCUAUCCUACUUCACACAGCCAAACGUCCUCGCCGCACUCGACUCCACCUACCCUAAUUGGGUCUACCGGAUCGGACCAAUACAACUCUUCGAUUGAUUCUCAACUCCCCGACCAUCGACGCAAUCAGCUACAACUUGUGGAACGAAGAGCCAGAGUGCCUCUGCUGGCUCAACACGUAAUCUAUGCUAAUUUAGGAAGCAUCACCGCCAUGUCCAAACAGCACCUGAUCGAAUUCGCCAUGGGCUUCGUCAAUAGAGAGGUCACGUUCAU